GCGCCUGACCAUCAUCGUUUACCUUCCAAACAUGGCUACCGCCGUAGUAAGUUUGGAAGCCGGUGUUGGCGGCAUUGGAAGGAUGUGGAAGCUUUUGCUGGCAUUGGUCGCGCUUGUACCUUGUGUCUCUGCUGGGGCCGACUCCAAAGCUGUCACCACCACACUUACCACAAAGUGGCCGUCCACACCCCUCCUGUUAGAGGCCAGCGAGUUCCUGGCCGAGGAAAACCAUGACAAGUUUUGGGAUUUUGUGGAGGCCAACCAGGAUAUUGAAGACGAACAUGACAAUACGGAUCUGUCGUGUUAUGAGUUGAUCCUGAAGAGGGCCAGUGCGCUGCUCAGCCCUGUGCAGUUGAACCUGCUGAAGUUCGCCCUCUCCCUCAGAGCCUACUCCUCUACAGUACACUCCUUCCAACAGAUCGCGUCGACCGAGCCUCCUCCAGCUGGCUGUUCAGCCUUCUUUAACGUCCAUGGAGAGAAGAGCUGUGAUGAGGACAGGCUGCAAGCGCUGCUGGACACGGCGUCUGAUCGGUCUAAGCCGUACCUCUUCAAGGGGGAUCACAAGUUCCACUCGACCAAUCCCAACCCCGACGCCCCGGUGGUCAUCCUGUAUGCGGAGAUGGGCACCGCCCAGUUCUCCAGGCUGCACCAGCUCAUGCAGAACAAGGCCAACGAGGGCAAGAUCAUCUACGUCCUCAGACACUACGUAGCGAAACCCAGCAGCAACAAGGUGUACCUGUCUGGCUACGGAGUGGAGCUGGCCAUCAAGAACCAGGAGUACAAGGCCAAAGAUGACACCCAGGUCCAAGCAGGAGGUGAAGCCAAUGCUACACUCGAGCGAGACGGCAUCGAUGAAGUCCAGGGAUUCCUCUUCGGCAAGCUGAAGACUCUGUAUCCUGAGCUGAAGGAGCAGCUGAGAGAGCUGAGGAAACACCUGGUGGAGAGCACCAAUGACAUGGCUCCUCUCAAAGUCUGGCAGAUGCAAGACCUGAGCUUCCAGACGGCGGCGCGGAUCUUGGCUGCCCCUCCGGUGGAUGCUCUGGCCGUGAUGAAGGACCUGAGUCAGAACUUCCCCACCAAGGCCAGGUCCAUUACCAAAACGGUUGUCAACUCCGAGAUCCGUAAAGAGAUUGAGGACAACCAGAAGUUCUUCAAGGGCACGCUGGGUCUGCAGCCCGGUGACUCGGCCCUCUUCAUCAACGGCCUCCACAUCGACCUGGACGUCCAGGACAUCUUCAGUGUGUUUGACAUCCUGCGUAACGAGGCGCGUGUGAUGGAGGGCCUGCGUAGCCUCCUCAUCGACACCCCCUUCAUCCACGACAUCCUCAAGCUCAACGUGCAGCCCGCAGACUCCGACUACGCCGUGGACAUCCGCAACUCUGCCAUCAACUGGAUCAACAACCUGGAGGUGGAUCGGCGGUAUGCUGGUUGGCCGUCUAACGUACAGGAGCUGCUGAGGCCCACCUUCCCCGGCGUCAUACGCCAGAUACGCAAGAACUUCCACAACAUGGUGAUCAUCCUGGACCCGUCUCAGGAGAACUCCGGCGAGCUCCUGAGUGUAGCGGAGAUGUUCUACAGCAACAACAUCCCUCUCAGGAUUGGUGUGGUGUUCGUAGUGAAUGACGAGGAGGAUGUGGACGGCAUGGAGGAUGCGGGCGUGGCGCUGCUGAGGGCCUACAACUACAUCUCAGACGAGGUGGACAGCCAGGCCGCCUUCGACGCCAUCAUCAGCAUGCUGAACCGUGUCCCGCCGGGGGGGCAUCUGAAGGUGGAGCACGUGGUGGGGGUGCUGGAGAAGAGCUACCCCUACGUGGAGGUGUCCAGCAUCCUGGGAGCCGACUCACCCUAUGACAAGAACAGGAAGGAGGGCAAGGCGUAUUUCGAGCAGACGGGCGUGGGACCACUGCCGGUGGUGCUGUAUAACGGCAUGCCCUACCAGCGCGAGCAGCUCGACCCGGACGAGAUGGAGACGGUCACCAUGCAGAAGAUACUGGAGACCACAACCUUCUUCCAGAGGGCCGUGUACCUGGGAGAGCUUGGUGGUAGUCAUGAGGUGGUGGACUUCAUCAUGAACCAGCCCAAUGUGGUGCCGCGCAUCAACUCCCGCAUCCUCUCCACCACCAGGCAGUACCUGGACCUCUCCAACACCAACAACCACUUCAUCGAUGACUACCCACGUUUCGUCUUCCUGGACACCAGGGAGAAGACCACAGCGGUGGCCAACAGCAUGAAUUACAUGACUAAGAAAGACGAUGGCAUCAUCCGGCCGGUGACGUUCUGGGUGGUGGGGGACUUUGAUCAGCCGUCGGGGCGACAGCUGCUGUACGACGCCAUCAGGCACAUGAAAACCAGUAACAACGUCCGGUUGGGCAUGAUCAACAACCCGAGCCAGAAUCCGACCAAUGAGAGCAGCGUGGUGGCGCGGGGCAUCUGGGCCGCCAUGCAGACGCAGUCGGCUAACAACGCCAAGAACUUCAUCACCAAGAUGGCCAAGGAGGAGACCGCCAAGGCCAUCGAGGCCGGCACUGACAUCGCCGAGUUCGCCGUGGGGGGUAUGGACGUGUCUCUGUUUAAGAGUGCGUUCGGGGGCCCCAAGGUGGACUUCCUGCUGUCUCACGCGGCCUACUGCAGGGACGUGCUCAAGCUGCAGAAGGGGCAGAGGGCCGUCAUCAGCAACGGGCGGAUCAUUGGUCCACUGGAGGAAGGGGAGGUCUUCAACCAGGAUGACUUCCUGCUACUGGAGAGCAUCAUCCUGAAGACGUCCGGGGAGCGAAUCAAAACCAACAUCCAGAAACUGGGCGUGGAGGAGGACAGGGCUAGUGACUUGGUGAUGAAGGUGGAUGCUCUGCUGUCUUCGCAGCCGAAGGGCGAGGCCCGGAUAGAGUACGGCUUUGCUGAUGACCGAUACAGUGCUGUGAAGCUGAGGCCCAAGGAGGCCGAGGUCUACUUUGACAUCGUGGCUGUGGUCGACCCCGUCACCAGAGACGCCCAGAAGCUCGCCCCUCUGCUCUUGGUGUUGAAGCAGCUGGUCAAUGUCAACCUGCGCGUCUUCAUGAACUGUCAGGCUCGACUCUCUGACAUGCCGCUCAAGAGUUUCUACCGUUACGUGUUGGAGUCUCAGUUGAGUUUCGGGGCGGAUAACAGCCUGUCUCAGGGCCCCCUGGCCAAGUUCCUGGACAUGCCCCAGACGCCGCUCUUCACCCUCAACCUCAACACCCCCGAGAGCUGGAUGGUGGAGUCCGUACGCACGCGCUACGACCUCGACAACAUCUACCUGGAGGAGGUGGACAGUGUGGUGCCUGCGGAGUACGAGUUGGAGUACCUGCUGUUGGAGGGCCACUGUUUCGACGUCAGCACGGGCCAGCCCCCCCGCGGCCUGCAGUUCACCCUCGGCACCGACGCCAACCCCGUCAUCAAGGACACCAUCGUCAUGGCCAACCUGGGCUAUUUCCAGCUGAAGGCCAACCCGGGCGCCUGGGUCCUGAAACUCCGCAAGGGCCGAUCAGAGGACAUCUACAAAAUAUACAGCCAUGAUGGCACAGACUCCCCAGCGGACGCUGAUGACCUCAUCGUGGUCCUCAACAACUUCAAGAGCAAGAUCAUCAAGGUCAAGGUCCAGAAGAAGCCAGACAAGAUGAAUGAGGAGCUGUUGAGUGAUGGCACCCAAGAGAACGACUCAGGCUUCUGGGAGUCUCUCACGCGCGGUUUCACCGGUGGCAGUAAGACGGAGGAGACUAAGCAGGAGAAGGAUGAUGUCAUCAACAUCUUCUCACUGGCCUCAGGACAUCUCUACGAGCGCUUCCUCAGGAUCAUGAUGCUGUCGGUCCUGAAGAACACAAAGACUCCCGUCAAGUUCUGGUUCCUCAAGAACUACCUCUCCCCAACCUUCAAGGAGUUCAUCCCCUACAUGGCAGAGGAGUACGGCUUCCAGUACGAGUUGAUCCAGUACAAGUGGCCGCGCUGGCUGCACCAGCAGACGGAGAAGCAGCGCAUCAUCUGGGGCUACAAGAUCCUCUUCCUGGACGUCCUCUUCCCCCUCGCCGUCGACAAGAUCCUCUUCGUCGACGCCGACCAGAUCGUACGUACGGACCUGAAGGAGCUGCGCGACUUUGACCUGGAGGGGGCGCCGUACGGCUACACGCCGUUCUGCGACAGCCGGCGCGAGAUGGACGGGUACCGAUUCUGGAAAUCCGGAUACUGGGCCAGCCACCUGGCAGGACGCAAGUACCACAUCAGUGCCCUGUAUGUGGUGGACCUGAAGAAGUUCCGUAAGAUCGCCGCGGGCGACCGCCUGAGGGGCCAGUACCAGGGGCUCAGCCAGGACCCCAACAGCCUGUCCAACCUCGACCAGGACCUGCCCAAUAAUAUGAUCCACCAGGUGCCCAUUAAGUCCCUCCCCCAGGAGUGGCUGUGGUGUGAGACCUGGUGUGACGACUCCACCAAGAAGAAGGCCAAGACUAUUGAUCUGUGCAAUAACCCCCAGACCAAAGAGCCUAAGCUGCAUGCUGCGGUGCGCAUCGUGAGUGAGUGGAGCGAGUACGACCAGGAGGUGAAGCGCAUCCAGAGCCAGUUCCAGAAGGAGAAGGAGGCGGCAGGAGGAGCAGGAGGAGGAGCAGGCAGCACAGACACCAGCACAAACACACACACAGCAGGUUUUGACCCGCACAUCGAACUGUGAGAGCGCAGGUCUUUUACAGUUGGGGAAGGCUCGACUCUGUUUAAAGAGUUGUGUUGCGUUUUAUGUUGUUUUGUUGAGUUGUUUUUAACAGAAGCCAAUUCUUUUGAAACAUGGCUGCUAUUUCUGCUGAGAGACUUGAUUCCAAAAAAAGACACAACCAACAAAGAAAAAAAGACACACCAACAAAGAAACAAAAAAAAAGAACAUGAACUGUACGAUUUUUGGUUUUGUGACUAGCCAAUGCCUGAGGUAAUGCAAUUCUGCUCCACAAAGGCAAAGUGCAGUAACUACGCCAACACUGCAAAUGAGAAAAAUGCCUUCAAAGCCUUGGUAUUGGGUUGGAUAUUAUAGUUACUGCAAAUUUGACAUGACAAUAUCUCUAAAA